GCAUCGCUUACUCCUCUGUUUUUGUGGAGAAGAAUGUUAUCAAGAAUGGAUUCUAGGAAAAAAAUUGGUGAGAAGCCUGGAAAUGGGAAGUUGUUGAAUGAUAUUGAAACUAUAAGUAAAGCCCUAUAUUUGGAUAAAACCCAACCUCGGCUUUUGAUGUCUACGGCCAGUAGUCGUUCUAAGUCUGUUGGGAGAGCACGUUUACCGGAGCCCAAGUCGAAGAAUAAAGAUAGUGGUAGAGAUUUAUUAGAGAAGGAUAGUAAUAAGAAGUCCACAUGGAGUUGGAAGAGCUUAAAGUCAUUAACUCAUGUUAAAAACCAAAGGUUCAAUUGCUGUUUUUCGCUUCAAGUCCAUUGCAUUGAAGGGAUACCAGCAUUUUUUAAUGACCUUAGUCUUGUCGUGCAUUGGAGGAGGCGAGAUGGUGAGUUGAUGACAUGUCCUGUGUUGGUUUGUGAAGGUGUAGCUGAGUUUGAGGAAGAGUUGAGUUAUACAUGUUCUAUAUAUGGCAGUAGGAAUGGUCCUCAUCAUUCAGCAAAGUAUGAGGCAAAACAUUGUUUGUUGUAUGCUUCAGUUUGCGCUACUCCUGAACUUGACUUGGGGAAGCAUCGGGUUGACCUUACCAGGUUGCUUCCUCUUACACUGGAAGAAUUGGAGGAUGAGAGAAGCUCAGGUAAGUGGACAACUAGUUUCAAAUUGUCAGGUAAGGCUAAAGGGGCAAGUAUGAAUGUUAGUUUUGGGUAUCAUAUAGUGGGAAAUGGGAACACAUCUGGCACGCUUCCUAGCAAUAGGGAUGUUCUUGAGGGGCGGAACUUGAGGCAGAACAGUGGUGCGGCAAAGCUUCUUGCACAAUCUGAGGAAAGUGAUGAGCUGAGCAUAAUAAGGCGAUCUGGAAGCCUUCCUGCUUGGUCUUCUUAUUCACAGCAGUCUGCAGAAGAUGUAAAAGAUCUUCAUGAGAUUUUACCGGUGCCGAAUUCUGCCCUCUACAAAUCUGUAGAAGUGCUGUAUCAGAAGUUUGAGGAAGAGAAGUUGGAAGCUUCAUUUGAGUUCAAACCAGAGAUUGAUGUGUUCUCUAAUACUGUUGAUAACCUCAAACCAGAAUUGGCCUUGUUAUCAGAUCCUGUGAAGGGAAAUGUUGAAAACGAGUGUGAAAUUGGUGAUUUUUCUGUUAUAGAGCAAGGCAUAGAACAUCCUUUGAAGGAACUGGAGGGAAAAGAAGACGAUUCGGUGAAAUCUGUUGAUGAUGCUGUGACAGAAAGACUUGUACCUGAUAGUACCUUGAAGAUGGCCAUUGAAGAGGAGGCCCAGCCUGUACUAUUGGCCAAGGGUCUUGACAGUGAGAAUGAAGACCUUGCAGUGAGUGCCAACAAUUUUGAGACAGAUGAGUCAGCAAAAGAAUUAAUUAUGAGAGAAUUGGAAUCUGCAUUAAACAGUUUCUCUGACUUGGAAAACGAGGGAUUAUACUCUCAGGAACAUGAGAAUGAAGUUAUAAAUAAUGAUGGUUACUUGGACGCUAAAGAGAACUAUAAAGAGCUUAGGAAGGGAAAAUCCCUCAGCGUGGAUUACAUUACUGAAUCCGUGGCUAGUGAUUUCCUGGAUAUGCUAGGGAUUGAGCAUAGUCCAUUUGGCCCAAGUUCUGAGAGCGAGCCUGAUUCCCCACGAGAACGAUUAUUGAGGCAAUUUGAGAAGGACACUCUGGCUGGUGGGUGUUCUUUGUUUAACCUUGAUAUGGACAUUGAAGAAUUUUCUUCUGAUGCUCCAAGUGUAUCUCAGUGGAGGAGCAUCUCUGAGAAUUUCGGUUACUCAUCUUCUGCACAAUCGUAUGAGGAGAUACCCAAGAUAGCAAUUGAGGAAACAAGUAACAAAACAAGAGCUUACAUGUUGGAGGACUUGGAGACCGAGGCUUUGAUGCGUGAAUGGGGCUUGAAUGAGAAGUCAUUUGAAUGUUCUCCACCAAAAAGCUCUUGUGGUUUUGGCAGCCCAAUCGAUAUGCCUCCUGAAGACCCUUACCAAUUGCCUCCUCUUGGAGAAGGCCUAGGAAACUUGCUACAAACUAAAAAUGGAGGAUUCUUAAGGUCAAUGAAUCCUGCAAUUUUCAAUGAUGCUAAGAGUGGAGGGAGUUUAAUAAUGCAGGUAUCCAGUCCGUUGGUGGUGCCUGCAGAAAUGGGGUCUGGUAUAAUGGACAUACUGCAGCACUUGGCCUCCAUUGGAAUAGAAAAGCUCUCGAUGCAGGCAAGUAAAUUAAUGCCUUUGGAAGAUAUAACUGGGAAGACAGUGGAACAAAUUGCCUGGGAAAAUGCACCGAGCUUAGGACCUGAAAGACAAGAUUUAUUCCAACAUGAGUUUGAAUUUGGGCAAAAUAUGGAAAACAUUCAAAGUAAAAAGGCAGAAUCGCAUGGACCAAUGUCUAGUAAGUUGGAAACAAGUUCUACCACUCACAUGGACGCCGAAUAUGUAUCCUUGGAAGAUCUUGCUCCUUUGGCAAUGGAUAAAAUUGAAGCCCUUUCAAUUGAGGGUUUGAGAAUACAGACAGGCAUGUCAGAUGAGGAUGCGCCUUCAAACAUCAGUGCUCAAUCUAUUGGCAAGUAUUCAGCCUUUGAGGGACAGAAGGUCAAUCUGGGUGGAGCAGUAGGUCUGGAAGGGGCAGGUGGAUUGAAGCUUCUGGACAUUAAAGACAAUGGUGAUGACGUUGAUGGGCUUAUGGGCUUAUCUCUGACACUUGAUGAAUGGAUGAGGUUGGACUCGGGAGAGAUUGACGAUGAAGAUGAGAUUAGCGAGCGAACCUCCAAACUGCUGGCAGCUCAUCAUGCUAUCAGCACAGACUUGUUUCAGGGCAGGUCAAAGGGAGAGAAGAGACGCGGAAAGAGUAGGAAAUGUGGUUUGCUGGGAAACAACUUUACAGUGGCACUAAUGGUGCAGCUCCGUGAUCCCUUGCGGAAUUAUGAGCCAGUUGGUACACCUAUGCUUGCUCUUGUCCAGGUAGAGAGAGUGUUUGUACCACCUAAACCUAAGAUAUACAGCACAGUUUCUGAGGUUAGAAACAACAAUGAAGAUGAUGACGAUGAAUCUGCACCUCCGAAAAAUGACUCGAAUGUGGACAUCAAAGAAGAGAAAAUCCCCGAGGUUGAGUCAAUCGCACAGUACAAAAUAACUGAAGUGCAUGUUGCAGGUCUGAAGAGUGAGCAAGGUAAAAAGAAAUUAUGGGGUUCCACAACUCAAGAACAGUCUGGCUCUCGUUGGUUGGUUGCUAAUGGAAUGGGAAAGAAAAAUAAACAUCCAUUUAUGAAGUCAAAGGCUGCUAACAAAUCUUCAAAGGAAGCUGCUUCAUCAGCAACAACCACUGUGCAGCCUGGUGAUACACUAUGGAGCAUAUCUUCUAGGGUUCAUGGUACAGGCACUAAAUGGAAGGAUAUAGCAGCACUAAAUCCACAUAUCCGGAAUCCAAAUGUGAUACUACCUAAUGAAACAAUCAGACUGAGGUAGUGGUGGAAACUUUGUUAUUCAUUGGGACGAAGUGAC